ACUGUCUCUCUCUUUGCUUCCUGUGCCGCAAUAUACAGCUUAAUAAAAACAUCUAUAAUUUUGUUUUAUAGAUUUUAAAUUCAUGUAAUAAUAUUUUGAAAAAGAAAUAUCUAAAGAACAAUGGAUUUACUGUUGACCUCUGUUGCCAUGGUAUUGCUCGUUUUUAUACAGCUACCACAAGUCACUGCCAGAUGCUCUAAUGGAAGAUGUGGCAGCCCAGACACUUUCUGUCCCACUGACAGUUCUUCCUACUGCUCACUUUGCAGCGACCCAAGGCUGUGCACCUUCAGUGAAGAAAAGAGUCACGUGGAUCUGCUCGGGACCUUCACCUUCAGUCACUUCCUGUAUGAAGAUCAAAGUUCGCCCUCCAAGAACACAACAGUCGUUGUCGUAGCCCAGACUGCCAGGAAGAACGGACGCAUUUUCAUUUCUGGACUACAGUUGAAAAUUGCAAUGAAUUGUGAUAUAUCCCUAAAUAUUAACCUCAAACUGGAGUCCAGUUCAAAGAGAGGGCUAGAGAUGUUAGCUAAUUUCAGCAAUAAUGUUUUAUAUUUCAACAAUACUAAUAGUCAAGAGAGAGUACUCCUGCAACCAAUUGAAAGUUGUUGUAACAUCAGCUUGAUCGUCUCCCCUGAGAGUUACUUCAUUAUCGACAUUGAAUGUUUUCAAAUACAAAUCGGUUUACGACCAGUUGAAACCGGCCUGGCCCCAUGUAUCUAUGUGGAAGUCAGAGACCCAUCUGGUUUGAGUUUUCCGACAUGGGAAGAGCUCCCUUCUCAACUCUGUCUGACUCCAGGUUUCAGCAUCACUGAGCUGAGAAACUUGACAGGCAUCAACUCAUCAACGUACGCGCUUAACUUCUUAGCUCUGAGCGGACAGCUGCCCUCAGGUGUGACACUCAAGCCCUUGAACUUCGACCAGCUGGGUCUGUUGGUGAAGGAAUGUCCGGACGAGUUUCGAGAAGCGAACAUGCGAUAUCUCUCUGUCUUACGUGACCACCUCCUGGUCAGCUGCUUGUCUGGAAAUGACGAUGAAGAAGGAUUGGUCAGUUUGGCUAGCACACUUACUGAGAUCGUUUGCAAAGGGAAUCAAAGCGAGUGUCCUGUCGUUAAGGGCAUCCUCGAUAAUAAAUGCGGUUCUGUCCGGACGUCCGUUUUGCACGACUUCUAUACAAAGUUUUGUUCGAACAUAAGCUUCAAUGUCACGAGCGCGACUCAAGCUGUUUUAGCUCAGGCAGCUUUAGCUCAGGCAGCUGUAGACCAAACAGCUGCGACUCAAGCAGCCAUAGCCGGGGAAAUUUUAGCACACGUAGCUGUAUCCCAGGCAUUAGUAUCUGAAGCUGUGUAAGACGCUACAUUUCAAUUACACUCAGAAAAAUAAACAGAACCUUUCAAGACCAGCAUUUCAAACUAUAUCAGUUUUAAUGGCGGUAAUGAAAAUAUUUUGACCUUUUAUCUGUUAUGUUUAAUAUAUCUACAAAAUACUGAAAUUCUAUUUAGAGGUCCUGAUGAAAUGUGUGUACAUGUUGCGUAAGGUAUCACUCUCUAUACGUGAAAUAUCUUAUACAUCUAUGAUUAUAUAAACACUAAUGGCAGGUCUUUUCUUCUAGGCGCCUUGGUAUUCUUUAAAUUUUAAGUUUAUUUAAAAUUUAAAACAAUAAACACUAAUAUGUUA